AUGGAUGAGAUGGAAGGUAGUCAUCAACAUAAUAGAGAGGUAGAAAAAUUAAACCGAAAACUCUCAAGCUCUAUUAUAAGAUUGGAAAUUAGCAACACUAACAGACAAAUAAAUAAAAUCCAGAAAACCAACAAUAAAUUAGUAGAGUUGCUAAAAAACAAGCUAACACUGGAGACCGUAAACGAAUACACAAGGAGACAACAAUUACACUACAACAGAAUAUUCAAUCAGAUUAAACAAAAGAAUAUUGCCAAGAUUGCCAAUCUUGAAAAUUCAAUCAGAGAUGGGAGUCUCAGAAUACAGGAUAAAUGGAUAAGGAAUACUACAGACAGAGAAAUACCAGAUGAUGUAAAAACUAUGUUGGCACUGGGCUCAAAAUUCAGUAUACCAGUUUCAGCAAAUCAAAUACCCAUAUACAAACUUAUCACAGAUGUGGAGGAUUUAAUCCAGAAGGUUCCAACAGAGAGGAGGGAUUUUCUGAGAGGAAAAACAACAAGCAUAAUUACUAAUUUUAUACACAAUAACAGCAACAAGAAUUACACAACAGAAAGACUAUUCAACGUGACAAAAUCCUUCUUGAGGGACAAUGAAGAGCUGAUUGUACUUAACAGUGACAAAGGAUCGGUAACGGUGAUAAUGGAGAAGCAAGACUAUGUACAAAAAAUGCUAGCGAUCAUCAAUUCUAAUAGUUUUAAAGAAUUACCCAUGGACCCGACUCAAAAGAUACAAACAAAAUGUAACAAAUUCGUUUCCUUGUUGGAGACACACAAAGUUUUCACAAGAGAAAAGGCAAGGCAAAUGAGGACCUACAACUCAAAUACACCUAAAAUAUAUGGCAAUCCAAAGAUACAUAAACCGGACACUCCCUUGAGGCCAAUAGUAUCUUGUAUACAGGCACCAACCCGGUAUCUUUCUGGGUAUGUAGCAGAGAUAUUGAGUAUGGCGUAUGAUAAAGACAAUGAAUAUUAUAUCAAGGAUUCCUUUGAGUUUGCUGAUCUUGUGAACAAUCUUAAGGUACCACCUGACCACGUUGUCAUAUCGUUGGAUGUGGUCAACUUGUUCGGAAACAUCCAGAGUGAACUAGCAAUCGAAGCAAUAAGUAAAAAAUGGAAUGUGAUCCAAGAAUAUACGAACAUACCUAAACAACUCUUUAUGGAUAUCCUCAACUUUCUGAUGGAGAACAGUUAUUUCUCCUUCCAAGGAAAAUUUUACCUGCAGAUAUUUGGAAGUUCCAUGGGCUCAGAUCUGAGUCCAAUAAUAUCCCUUUAUGUGAUGGAUUAUCUUCUGGACGGCACGGUUGCCAAGUUGCCAUUUAAAUUGUUUCUUAUAAAAAAGUACGUAGAUGAUCUCCUACUCAUUGCUCCAGCUAACGAAAUCACUAACAUCAAAACCACAUGCAAUAGUUUUAAUCAUAACAACAACAACAUUUUAACAUCCAGUUCACUGUAG